AUGGAAUCAAGGCAAUAUGGGCGCAAGGGCAUCCAUAUGGGGAACAUCAUUGGUGAUCCCUUUGCCCUUGCGACAAUUUCAAUUGCUUCAUUCCCUCUCUUUACAUACUGGGCGCUAGUAUUCUACUUCUUUGCCAUCAUCGGCAUUUUUGUCGUCGUGGCCUCAGACAGCAUCCAGACCUAUCAUGUCGCUGUUGUCGGCUACCUCGGCUGCGGCCUUGUGCUGUCAACUUCAGCCAUUAAUGGCAUGAUCUACACCAGCAUUGGCGCUCGGGAGGCUGCUGCUGCCGGUUUCAUUCUCUUGGCCAUGAUCGUCUGGAUCUUCUACUUUGGCUCUGCCCCGUCGGCCGUGCCCCGGGCCUACAUCGACUCGUUCGCUCUGUCCAAGGAAUCGACGUCGGUCAACCGCCAGACCAUGAACGGCUACGCCCGCCGCCCCGAGACAUCUACCUCCGUGCAGCCCCCACAAAUGUAUACGACUCAGCUCAACGGUCUUGAGAAUGCUUCGCCCUCUGCCGGGCUCUCAGCCAUGCGCAACUCCACGCUCGGUUAUCCCUCUGCCAGCGGCGCGCAAAAGACGCCCGUUGGUGCGGGAACCAGCACCGCGCUCGAUCCCGACACGGAAAUCCCACCUGCGACGGAGUACCCUUAUCGCGCGAAGGCAAUUUACAGCUACGAGGCGAACCCCGAGGAUGCGAACGAGAUUUCGUUCCAGAAGCACGAGAUUCUCGAGAUUAGCGAUGUUAGCGGGCGGUGGUGGCAGGCGAGGAAGGCGAACGGUGAGACGGGCAUUGCGCCGAGUAAUUACCUUAUUUUGUUAUGA